AUGCGCUGUCAUGGUGCGCCACCGCCGACGUCUGAUACGCCGUUAGAAGGAAGCCAGCUCGUCGUCGCUAUCAGCAAGGCUCUUAAAGGUACGGCGUCUACUUGGCUAUCGCAAAUAACCUACCAAGGUAUAACAUGGGCGGAAUUUAAAGAACUGUUUACGGCGAGGUUCGCUCCAAAUGAGACCUUGGCUGCCACACUAAUUAAUCUUGGCUCAGAUAAGCCAAGUGAAAAGGAGAACUAUGGGACUUACGCCAGCCGCAUUAUGUCGUCUCUAAUGAAUCGCUUCAAGAAUGUGGAUUCGGAGCAAAUUAUUGUACAAAUCGUACUCGCACAUUUAGCUCAAUUUGACGUACGUCUUCAGCGACUUGCUUUUACCACGGAAAUAACUUCUCGUUCUGAGCUACAAAAAGAGCUACAAGCCUUUGUCUAUCUAAAGCGGAAAGCGCCAAUCACUGAUGAGAAGAACAGCAUGGAGAAUGCCAAACGCACUAGACUAUCUACUGCACCAAUCAAAUGUUACACUUGUGGACGACUAGGACACAAACAAUCAGAAUGCAGGCAGAAAAACAAGGAUACGAGGACGACAGCUAGUACCCCUGCCGCCACAUUUCCACGAGCGGACCCCCGGUCUGCUUCAAGUGCGGCACACCGGGUCACAUCGCGAGUCGCUGUACUUCUGGCACCGCGACCACGAUCGCCGGCAGCGGCGCGCAGCAGGCGCCCGAACGACGUGUCAACCUUUGCGAGGUUGAGCCCCCGGCCGGUUCCCUAA